CUCGCCCGUGAGCACUGUCGUUCGGGCACUGAGACUCUCGCUCAGGCAUACAAAGACAGAAAAAACAGACAAGUAGAAUCAGGACUUUUUAUACUUAGCAAAAGUGGACUUUAUUCGUGGGACUUUAUUCGAUGUGUUCUUGUUCUUUAUACUGGACACUAUUGUAGACUAUCUACAGACCGCUUCUUGCAAGCCAUCAUGAACUGACCAAUGGUCAAGGCGGGACAAUUCUAAAUCUGAAUUUACUCCCCUGACACAGCGACUGACCACCGCCCACUCCUGCAACCAUGCCUCGCUCGUUCUUAGUCAAAAAAUAUCUCAAACAAAAGUAUGACGCAGACCUGCAGCAAAGUCUCGGCCUCACAUCUGACAGCCAGGACACUGCGGUCACCGUACCGGAAAGGAUGGACACAAGUGACCCGGAGUCCAGCAAGACCGUUAGGAGCUCGGAGACGAAUGUCGUCUGCUACAGGCCGACCAAUGGGGACAGUGGAAAGGCGGUAACUCCGUUCACUCCAAGUACCCUGAAGCCCGUUGCAGUCCGCGUCAGUAACGGCUAUAUUCUAGAUGUGAAGUCCUCCUCCUCCACGAGGAAUGUCGGGGAUGCUGAGACCAGCAGUGUCGUUGCUAGGACACCCAAGUUCCAGGGUGAGUCGGCUGCUUGGGAAAACCCGAUGCCCAGGAGAAGUGUUAUAGUCACAAACAGCAACCACCCCGCCAACAGGCAUGCACAGGGUAGCAACGGCUCUUACCGCAACGAAAGCAGCUUGGCAGACAAUGUAGGAACACAUUCUAGCAGCAGAACUGCGAUGGUCUCCAGCGCCGCCUACUAUCGAGGGAAUGACCCCUACGAAGAAGAGCAGCCCUUAGCCUUGGACAUGCCCAAGGUAGCCCACAUGCCAUCGCCUCCGCCAGCUCAUGCUCCUUUACCGAGUCCCCAGCCUGCUCACACGUCUAGUCAGUCUCACUCUUAUGUUCCUUCCGCCCUACCGUCUCCUGCUCACGCCCCGGUACCUGCACACAUUCCUAGUCCUGCAUUUGCGCCGUCACCCGCGCACAUCCCAAGGUCCGCUAACUCGCCUACCGCAGCCCACCUUAACCUGUCCAGACGUUCACCUUGUCCUGACGUCCUGCCCGCCGAUCAUCCCAUCCAUCACCCUCUCAUCCAGCAUUUGAUAAAUCAGAGGCUGCACGUCCCAGAAGAGCCGAGGCAUUACAGAGGCGUCUAUGACGAUGAAAGGAGCCACUCGCCCAGAAGUAAUUCCCCAAGGAGUCCGCCUCGAAGUCAUGAGAACUACUACUUCAUUCAAGCCGAAGAGUACCAUCAGCCCUACAGCUACGUAGUGGCCGGAGAGCGAAAUGUCGACGAAGACCGUCCAAUUAGAGAUGACGAGGCUCAAACCAGGUUAGAUUCCACGCUCAUCCACCCUGGCAUCAACCCCAACUAUCUCCCCCCGUCGCCCAGUCCGUCCAUCCCAUCCUCCUCUCCAACGCUUCCUGUGGUUAUCUCCACAUUUUCCCACUCGUCCAGCCCUCCAUCUCCGGCGCCAUCUCUUCCCUCCAGCUCCCCACACCCUUCCGCGGAAGUCAACGCCUACACCUAUGAAGCCUUCCUAGUCAGCGAUGGACGAUCCAGGAAGCGUGCUGUUGAAACCACCGAUGAAACCGGCAAGGUCAGGUACACAUGCAACGAAUGCGGCAAAGACUACGCCACUUCCUCCAACCUGUCCCGCCACAAGCAGACCCACAGAUCGCUGGACAGCAAGAGCGCCAAGAAAUGCCCGCACUGUGACAAAGUCUACGUCAGCAUGCCAGCUCUCUCCAUGCACGUGCUGACCCACGACCUCAGACACUCCUGCAACGUCUGUGGGAAAACAUUCAGUAGGCCCUGGCUUCUCCAAGGGCACAUGCGAUCUCACACAGGGGAGAAGCCUUUCGGGUGCGCCCACUGCGGAAAGGCUUUCGCAGACAGAUCCAAUCUUAGGGCUCACAUGCAAACCCACUCGGCUUUUAAACACUACGCUUGCAACAAAUGUAAUAAGACUUUUGCUCUCAAGUCUUACCUUAACAAACAUCUUGAGUCAGCAUGCGUCAAGUCAGAAAGUGACGUCCUCAUGAUUCACAAUGAACACGACUAGAGCACAGCAAAGAAAGAACCUUCCACAUUGCAAUGUAUCCACUAGUUCGCAUUCAUCUUCAGACAUUGUUUAGCAGCUCCAUCUGGUCAAUACACAAUGUUACUGUCACAUUCCAAUCAUGUGUAAAGCCUAAACAGACAAUUUACGUUUAGUUUAAUGUCACGCAUUGCUUAUAUGCAUACUAUUUAUAGAAACUGCUUUUUUGGCAGCCCCCAUUUAUAAUGCUUCAAAUAUUUUUUAUUGUACUUUAUAUCCAACUGAAGCAAUGAUUGAUAUUUAUGUAUUUGACUGUAUUGACAAAUGUAUAGCUUCAAACUGUCUCUUGAAACGAAUUUGUGUUUCUUUAAUCUUCUCAAAAAUUCAAGCUGUUGCAGUAUCCCAUGCAUUUAAUUCAUGUUUUUAUAUUAUAAGUUAUUCAAAACUUCGCCAUUUUAUCCAGACAUAUCUUUAUAAUGUAUAUAUACACAAUUUUAUCUCCAAUUUUGUUAUUUAACAUUGACAUUAUAUGAUUUGUAUAUUUUGUUCUAUUACAAAGUAUCCACUCUUUGCCGAAUUAUUUUAAAAAAUGUAUUUUUCUUAAAGUCUGAAACGAAACAAAAGAUUGCUGUUCAAUGUUCUCUAAUAAGAAAGAUAAUCGCGUCAGUUGAUAUUCAAACAUGUUCGAUUACAAGCCUAUUAUCUAGAGGUAAAGACAUUUUUUUUUUGGCGGCUCGGGUGAACUUCAUGUUUACUUUGGAAGAAAAAAAAAACAUGUCGUGUUUAGAAGAUUUGAUUCCCCCCAUCCCCCACAGCCACCCCCGUGCACGAGUGUUCGAUGUACCAGGUAAUGAUUAUUAUUGGAAUAAAAUACAUGCGCGCUCUCUUCUCUCCCCCCGCCCUCCUCCAGAUCUCCCGCCACUGAAAUAGAAGGAUACCAUCCUAUUGUAUCGUCACAUCGUGAUAGGCGUCAGAGCCUUAUCGAUCUGAAACUGUUUCAAAAGUUGUUGUUUUUUUUCAAAUCUUCCGAUCCACGUCCCGUCCUACGACCAAACAGCGCGUGAGUCGAUCACCGCUUUCGUGGCUAAAUAUGGACUAAAGUUACUUUUUUAAAAAGCUCACUUUUUUUUAUCCUCCCCCCCCCCCCCCCCCCAUCUAGCUGUUCCAUUUUUGUCUAGAAGACAAAUAGCAGAUAGGUGGUUGAUAAGCAUAUAGGAGGUGAUCGGGACGGGGGUCUCUUGGGAGGGCGGUAGGAGAAACAAAAAAAAGACGAAGGUUUUUAUCACGAUCUCUGCCAGAUUUAAGUACUCUCUGAUCGGUCACCGCCCCGCUCUGCCAUCUAUAAUUUCUUCUUAAUUGUGCCGGGAAAGAAACUUUUAUUUUUAUCCAGUCAAAUGUAACAAAAAAAAAUAGUCAUAUGAUUGUCUCAUUAAAUUGCAGCUGUCUUGGAGUCCUAGGGAGGAUCUGGAGAUUAACUCGAUUUUAUCUGCCGUCAUCAGUAUUAUAAUAGUAUUUCUUUUUUUCGCUGUUGUUGUUGUAAAUAAUUUAAUUUAUGAAGCAGUUUACUUUCUAACAUUGCGAGACCAAUGUGCAGAACCAGUAACCGGAACAUCUCAGAAAGGAUCCAAUAAUGAUCUGAAUUUCGUGGUCUUUCAGUUCAUGACCAAUAAUAGUUUGCUUUUUUAAUUGAAGAUCGAAGUUGAAUCAAAGAGAUAGGAAUGCGAACUUUUAUUUAGGGAUAUUAGCAUUGUUUUUUUUUAGGGAUAUAGCCAGCGGCGUAGCUAUGGUAGGGAUGGGGGGGGGUAGAAUUUGAAAAUCCCCUCCCGGGCCCUUACUUAAGAGGGGGCCUCCAAAUGAGUGUUCGACAUUUUUUUUUUACAUUAAAUAUUACGUCAUUAUCUCAUGUCAUGAUGUCGAAUGUCAAAAUGCAGGGGCCCCUAAAGAGGUCAAGCACCGGGCUCCCAAAUGAUGGUAAAUUCCUAGCUACGUUACUGGAUAUUGCCUUUUUUAGCGAUUGAUAAAAUAAUUCGUUGAACCCAACUUUAUUAUUUUGUUCCACUGUAUUACGGAAGAUACGGUGUACGCUUCCACAAGUGUAUUUUAUUAAUAGAAUAUUUUCCAUAUGACGUCAUCCAGUGCCUAUUUAUAUCAAAACUUCAUUCAGAGCGUUGUGAAACUGUAUCAUAGCAACUCAUUUCUGUUUAUUAUGCACUGUUGUUUCGUUUCUUCUUUUUUUUCCAUUCACAAUUUUUUUCUUCUUCAAUUUCUUACUUCUGCUCUGCACUUUGUAUUAACGAGUUCUUGCUGGUGUGCAAACAAUGUCAGAGAAAUUGUCACUUUCAUAUCGAGAUCAGAAUAUUAUCACUCUCCCGCCAUUGUCUUCUUUUCAAUCUAGACCUAAAUCUAUUUUUUUUCUAGAACAUUCGAGCAUGUAUAUUCUUGAUAAAGAAUCUAUAUUUUAGAAAUUUUUAAAAACAUUUAAAAACACACAAAAAAAGAUAAAUAACUUGAUUUUUUAAAAAGUUUGACCUACUUUUAUUCCACAUUUUUUUUUUUUUUUUUUUUACAAAAUUCAAGUGUAUUACGUUUUCCAUUUAAUUUUGUAGAACUUUUUUUUAAAAAUCAGCAACAAAUGUAUCUGGAGACCAAUAAUUUAUAAUUGUGUUUUUAUACUGUCUUGAAAUUAUAAAACCGUCCAAAUUAUACACUUCGUUUCAUGUUGAUUUCUACUUACAGUUUUGCACACUGGCCUAUAUGUAUAGAAGUGCUUAUUUUUUUUUUUAAACAAAAACUCUUGUUGUAUUCAUGGUUGCCAUGAGAUGUUGUCAUCUGUCCUUUAUCGACAUUUUUGCCUUUUUUUUCUACAAAUUUAACCUGCAAUAUUCUUUGCCCUUAAAAUUACAAUUGUCGUCUGCAUUACUCGCGCAAUCAUUCCGUCUGUUAAUAUCUUGAGUCUUGAUUCCCGCCUUUUUGUUCUUUUUUUAUGUACACCUGACCUAUAUACUGCCCUCCAUUCCGCACGGUUAUCACUUUGCCUUCAUGUUCAUUGCCUCUUACAAAACUAAAAUAGGAGACUAAAUGAUGUAAUUGUUUUGUACUCAUUCCAUCUUUUAUUUUUUUUAAACAAUUUGUUUCGCAAAUUAUUUGGUGUGUCACAUUUUUUAUUUUUGAUGGCACAUAUUCAAAUCAUUAUUUUUUUCUUGUUCUGGCUUGUUGUUGAUAAUUGAUAAAGAUAACUCUUGUUAUUUCGUAGUCCAAUGUGAAACAGUAAUACAACUUCAUUUACAGUGUAAGAAUAUUUUUUAUUCCUGAAUUUAAAUGAUCUACCGAGACAAGCUCCAUUCUAUUAAUUCCUUAAUAUAAAUACUACAACAACUCUAAUGAAAAUAAUUGUAAUUUGUCAUUCCUAAGUUUGAACGAAAAAUUAAAAUAACACUUUGUAAAGUCGGUUUUUUUCCCCUGAAAAAAAAAGUGUAUUUCUAUAUUUAGAUAUUAUCCUAUCUAACAAUGUGCUUCAGUGCAAUAUGUAUCCAACUCAAUUCUAAAGGCAGCCAUGUCGAACCUAGUCUUUGUAUAUAUUUAAAUGAAGUCUUCAAUAUAUUUAUCAUUACUUUAGACGUGAAUUGCAUAAUAUUGUUUCUUUGUUCGAAAAUUGUUUUUUUUUAAGUUCAUCAAAACGUCCAAUAAUUCAGACAUGGGGCAGAAGUAACCUACUUACGAUUAGUACGCAUGCGCCCUUUAGUCAUUCUACUGAUCUAUCUAUGUACAUAAAUAUUUGUUGUUUUUUUUUAUCCUGGGGCCAUAUUACUUACUUAUGUAUAGUUCAGCUGCCUUUCUUGUUGUUGUUUUUUUGUCCUUUAAUGCAUUUUUAACUUUUGCUGUAUAUAAACUCUUUUUUGAAUAUAGAUGUUAUAAAGCUUUGUAUCAUGUAGCAAUAAUUCUGUAAAUACACUUUAAAAAAUCAACCUCGAAAUGGCCAGAUUUUUUUGUAACCAAUCAAAACUUUUUGAGCCAAAGAGGGCAUGUCGGGAAUAUGUGCAAUAUACAAUAAACCCGCCCAAUUUUAAUUUAAUUUUUUUUUUUGAAGUUUACUUGUGAAUGCUUGCAUGUGUGUGAAUGUGUGCGUGCGAGUAAUUAUUCUGGGUGGUACCGCAUUUAUGUGAAUAGUCAUUUUGAGUCAAUUUAUUUUACUUGUGUUCCAUUGCAUUAUUUAUUUGUAAUAAUAGAUAUUUAAAAAUGUAUUAUACUAUUUCUAACGAAGUGUUUGUUACGAAUGACUUCAACGAGAUACAUCCAGUCAAUAAAACAUUCACUUUGUA